AAUUUUGGGCAUGUUGACUCGCUAACGAAAAUGAGUUUUCUUACGCGUUACAUUAAUUUUACGAGUGUAAAUUAAUAGAAUAAUUAGUCCCUAGAUAACAAAUAACAAAAUGGAUAUGUCGGAAGUAAAAUCGUUCAACGCGGAGUUAUCCGGGUUGUACGAUAACAAGCCGCCUAUAUCGAAGGCGAAGAUGAGUGCUAUCACUAGAGGUGCUAUAAAGGCCAUAAAGUUCUACAAGCACGUAGUGCACAGUGUGGAAAAAUUCAUACAAAAGUGUAAGCCAGAAUACAAAGUUCCUGGUCUUUACGUGAUAGAUUCGAUAGUAAGGCAAUCUAGACAUCAAUUCGGACAAGAGAAGGAUGUGUUUGCUCCACGGUUUGCCAAGAAUAUGCAGCAGACUUUUGCUAACCUCUUCAGAUGCCCUCCUGAAGAUAAGCGAAAUAUAAUCCGAGUUCUGAAUCUGUGGCAAAAGAACAACGUGUUCAGUCCGCAAGUCAUCCAGCCGCUGCUGGACAUGGCCGACCCCAACCACCCGCUCCACCAGGAGAUACAGCAGCAGCAAAACAACACCGCGAAUGGGAGCAGCCUGAACGCGACGCACAACACGACGGACGGCAAGUCGCCGGCGCCGGCGCAGCACUCGCCGCACGCGUCGACGCCUAUGGGCGAUCAGCUGCUAAACGACUUCGACUACGAGAGCGACGACGAGCCGCCGGCGGCCGAGCCCGCGCCGCAGCCGCCACCGCCGCAGAACCCCGCCGACGCGCUUGGCAGUAUACUAACAAAUCCAGAAAUAAUGAGGCAGCUCCAAAGUUUGCAGGCUCAAAUGCAGCUUAUGACCGGCAUGCAAAUACCUAACCUAAUGCCUAUGAUGGAUAUGCAACUACAACAAAACCAAAACCAGAAUCUUCCAUUCUUGAACUCUAAUGACCAACAAAAGCAAGGCGAGUCCAAGGAUGAUAUGGCCAAUGAAUCUGACAUAGAAUUCGUGGAAACUGGACCGCAAGUUAUAGAAAUACCAGAUGCUAAUGAUUCUAGGAGUCCGUCGCCCAAGUCGCGUCGCCACCGUUCGCGAUCGCGCUCGCCCAAGCGCAGGCGUCGUUCGCGCUCGCGAUCGCGCUCGCCGCGCCGACGCCGCGACAGAGACAGGGACAGGGAUAGGGACCGCGAAAAGGAUAGUAAAAGCUAUAAAGAAAGGGAGGCAGAGAAAGAAAAACAAAGGGAAAGAGAGAAGAAGGGAUUACCACCAAUAAAGAAGGAGAACCUUAGUGUGUGUAGCACAACGCUAUGGGUGGGCCACUUAUCCAAGUUGGCGACCCAGGAGGAACUAUCAGACUUGUUCGGCGCCAUCGGCGGCGUGACGUCCAUCGACGUGGUGGCGCCUCGCGGCUGCGCCUUCGUGGUCAUGGAGCGGCGCCGCGACGCCGCCAAGGCGCUGGCCAAGCUCAACAAGCACAAGCUGCACUCUAAGGAGAUCACGGUGGCUUGGGCGCCCGGCCGCGGUGUAAAAGGCCGCGAAUGGAAGGACUACUGGGAAGCGGAUCUUGGCGUGUCCUAUCUACCAUGGAGCGCGCUGCAGGCCCGUUGGGCGCUUAACGCGCUGUCGUUAGAUGCUUUGGAAGACGGCGGCGCUGUUGAUGAAGAUACAUUGCCUCAGUGGCUGCCACCGAGGGUGAGUGAG